ACGACGUCAGCGGAAGUAUUUACCACGUACGUAAAAUAGCCAGCUAGGUCACAUUGCUUGUGUUUUGUAAGGUUUGAAAACAUGGCUACAAUGGAGGCAGCAAUUACAGAGGACAUCCAGUUGAGGCAUGUUGAAAAAGAUGUCCUCAUUCCAAAGAUGAUGAGGGAGAAAGCCAAGGAGCGCUGUGUUGAGAAAGUUGAAGCCUUCAACCACUGCUGUAAAGAGUCUGGUUUCUUCAUGGUGUUUAAGUGUCGAAAGCAGAACGCUGCACUGAAGGAUUGUCUGACAAUACACUACAACGACCCUCAUUUCUUCGAGGAGUGUAAGCAGGAAUACAUCAGGGAGAAACUGGAGUUUAUGAGGACAGGGAUCCCAACAAAGAACAGGAAACAAAAAGUCCCAACAAGCAUGUAAUAAACACAAUGGUGCUCCCACAAAAACUGACCUCAUUAAAGGAGCAGUGUGCGAGGCUCUGGCCAGAAAUGGCACCAAGUCUACCAAGAACAUGUGGUCAUACCUAAGAACUUAAUUCUUAUGAAGCCACAAGCUUGUGCAUUUUAUUGAAAUGUGUUUAAUUUUGACUGAAACUACUUUGGUAUGCAAGAGAGAUUCAUAAUCAGAACGUCUACUUUUCAUGUUCUGUAUAUUUGCAAAUGUUCUCCAUCAGAUUAUCUGAAUGAUCUCCUUCACAACAUCUGAAUCUGCAGCAUUUACAAAGCAUAUACCCAUUAUCUUACUGGUUGAUAGAACAAAAAUCCCAUCAAAGUACAGCCAGCUCCUGUAUCUUAACCUUAACCUGAAUUACUUCAGAAUACAGUCAGACAUUUGGUAAUGGUUGAAAUAUGCUGAUUACAGUGUUGUACAUAAAAUUAGAGCGUAGGUGUUAGGAUACUCUUGCUUGUUUCUUUUGCUUGAUCUGUCAGUUUGGUAAAUCACCUGCAGAAAACAAAGAAUUUCAGAAGGAUUUGUGCACUUAUACAAUGUAAGAGAAAUGAUUUCUUCCAUUCAUCCAUGAGCUGUCUGUGUUCAUAUGACUUUUGCAGUGUAACGUGGAAUUGUAAAUAAAAGAUAUUCAGUAGCAGUAAA